AUGGCCACCAGACGUUACACAGCAGUGGAAAAAGGGAAAUCUAUCGCCCACCACCCAACGGAACCGACACGAAAAUGCAUCAGAGCUCCGGAUUUUGAUACCUCCGACCUAAUAAAGGAAAAUGCUCUGACCCUCAUCGGAAGAGUAACUAAUGCAAGAGCACAACCCAUUGAUAGUCUUAUUGCUUCGCUGCCAAGAAACUGGAUCCUAAGAGGAAGGGUGACAGGUUCUGGCCUUGGUAAAAGCUGCUUCCAAUUUAGAUUUGAGCUGGAAGAGGACAUAAGAAAGGUUCUUGCCAACAGACCUUACUCCUAUCAUCACUGGAUGGUCAUACUUCAAAAACGGGAACAUGUUAUCUCCCCGCUCUUCCCUUCUGAGAUCCCCUUUUGGAUACGUCUGCAAAGAUUACCGCUUCACUUUUGGCACGAAAAAUUGCUCUGGCACAUAGGUAGGGAGAUAGGGAAUCUUGAAGAUUUCCAGAUCUCAAAGACCUCAGCAAAAAUAAGGGUCCUGAUGGACGGACUCCAACCCCUUAUCAAAGAAGCGGUGAUUGAUUUCGACUCGGGAGAAGAACUGGCUGUAUCUCUUGACUAUGAAAACCUUAAGAGUCACUACUCCUCUUGCUUCAGGCUAUGCCACCAAGCUAGUGACUGCCCCUUUGCUUCAACUGCCCGAUAUCUUGAUACAAUGGAGAAGCGCAGGUACCGUGAAGAGCUGACUGGUGAUACUCGAUCCUCAGACGGAAGCCCUGCAAGACCUCCUCCUCAGAGGAAUGACACUAGUCAAGCACCUCUUUGA